AUGGCGCUGAAAUCCCGGGAUAGAUUUGCGAGUGGCUCUUCCAUCGUGCUCAUCGGCCCCCAUGGCGCUGGGAAGUCGAGCCUGGCAACCAUCGCAUCGAGCUCUUUGGGCCUGAAGCCUGUCGAUAUCGAGGAAAUAUUCCGUCGCAGAUACGGUGUUUCACUUGCUGUAUAUGUUCGGCAGAAUGAGAAUUCUGAAUGUACUUCAACAGAUUUGGCAAUCAUCCGCCGGGUAUUUGAACAAAACGCCGAAAAUGCAGUAAUUGUCUGGCCAUCAGGAUGCGUUGGGAAACUUGCCUAUGCUGUGCUAGAAGAAUAUGCUCAAAAGCAUUCCAUAGUCUUCGUGGCUCGUAGCGCAAGGGGGAUACAGCAGUAUCUAAAAGUCCCUGAUUUGGCCAGGAUCAGGCAAGUGGUGGAGCUUGAAAAUCGCAUCUACCGAGCCUCGUCGCAUUAUGAAUUCUUUAACCUGGAUGAAAACGAUUUGUCUAGCUCGUCGGCGAUAAAUUACGAUUCUAGUAUGGCUAGAUCCCCUCGUCCGUUGCGACUGAAACGAAUGGAAGAGAGUUUUGUCCGGUUUUUGAAAAACAUUCUGCAACCAUCACCUCAGCUUGCGCGCAAAACAGACGGAUUAGCAAUUCUCUCAUCAAGAUCUCCGCGGACGUACCUCCUCAACUUACCCUUAUCACAAAUCAGCAGUCCUGAUUUUGAUAUACGAUCGCUUGACUGCGGCGCUGACGCUUGCCAACUCGAAGUUGAUCUCGCUGAGGUCCAUGGCCUUCCAAUAUUGGAUAUCACAAAUAGAAUCGGCGUGGCUUAUGCUAUUUUAACUCGCUUUUUUGACGGGCCCGUUAUUUAUCACCUUCAUUCUCCUUCAUCUUUUUCUCAAUAUGAACACCUAUAUGUCGACUUGUUACGCCAUGGUCCCAGAAUUGGUGUUGAUUAUAUGACUCUGGACUUGAAACUUGGCCCUAACAAAAUAUCAAGCUUACUGCCAUGUCGACACUCUCCAAGAAUCAUAGGAACUUAUCAUGACUAUGAGCCUGGGUCUGAUGGCUGGUCGGCUAAAAACCGCUGGGAGAUAUUAGAGCAAGCCACCACUAUCCCUGGUCUUGAUGGGAUACGUCUCACGCAAGUUGCAAAUUCUAUUGAAGAUAACUCCGCUGUUAUAGCUUUCAAAGUUGUGGCUGGUCGAUCCGGGCCACACCAACCACUUAUAGCAUAUAAUACAGGGCCAUUGGGACGGUGGUCGCGAUGCGAGAAUGAAAUACUGACACCAGUAGCAACGCCUGACUCGAAAUACUCUGAUAGUGAACUAUCAAUACAGUCGAUACAAAAUGCACUGUACUCCUCAUUUAUUUAUGAGCGGAGAAAUUUCUACCUCCUUGGCCGAGACAUGUCUACUUGCCGUGUUCCUCAUUUGCACCGGGCAGCAUAUAGGUUUUUUGGCCUUCCACACAACGCCCAUUCACAGUCCAUUGAUAGCUUGCGUGACCUACCGAAUGAUGAACUUCUAGGUGGCGCGAGUAUAUUGAACCCGGGAUAUAAAAUGUGCACUUUACCGUUUAUAUCCUCGUUCAGUGAACAUGCAAAGAAUAUUGGUGCUGUUAAUACUAUCAUCCCCAUUCGCGGCCAGUCAUUUAAAGGCGUCACUACUCCUCCGCCAGACUUCUGGAGACAGCGCAACACACCCAACAAAGUCGUUGGAUUGUAUGGCGAGAAUACAGAUUGGUUGAGUAUCAGCGAAUGUAUCAGACGCAAUCUUUCCCCAGCAAAUGCGAUUACCAGAAACACUGCCGCCUUGGUCAUUGGCGCUGGUGGAAUGGCUCAUGCCGCGUUGUAUGCGCUGUUGCAAAUGGGUAUUAGAAAUGUUGUAAUCUACAACCGCACGUUAUCUAAUGCCCAUACACUUGCCAAUCGGUUCCAUAAGCUGGAAAUGUCACAAGACACAAGUGGAGAUAAUUUGCAGUUAAAUAUUCGAAUUCUCGACUCUCUUCAAACAGAUUGGGAUAACGACCUGGCACAGCCUACCGUGGUAGUUUCGUGCGUGCCAGCAACUGGCCUCGGAUGCACAAAUACAAGCUUCAUUCUUCCUCUGCAAUGGAUGAAAAGCUCAACUGGUGGUGUCGUUCUUGAACUCAGUUAUCGACCAGUUGUAACACCCCUUCUAAAUCAAAUACGAGAGCACGCUAUGAGAGGCUGGGUUGCUGUAGAUGGAUUGGAAAAUAUAGCUGCACGUACAGCAAUUGACUUUGAACUCUUCACUGGUAGAAGGGCACCACGAAACUUGGCUAGAGCGGAGGCUUUGCGCGCCUAUCCAGAUCACAAUAUCCAGCUACCAGAUGUCACUAGAGAUGCAGUGAUGGAUGAAGCUGUGACUCCUGGGAAGUGA